AUGGGUGCGAUCGGCUGCCGCUGCAACGACGGCGAUGCCGAUGCGACGACGGAGGCCACUGCAGAGGACGACGUGGUUCAGAUGGCAAAGGCACCGAAGAUGGUGCAGAAGGACAAGCAGAAGCUGGAGGACGCUCGUAAGAAACUGGUCUCAUGUGCCAAGGCUUUGCGGGCUCGGGUGGCCAAAGACCAGCUCGAGGUCUGGAAAAGGGCAGAAAGCGAGUUCGGUGUCCAAAAGAUGAUCUGGCAGAGCCUGAGCCUGCAGAGGGGUGCCAAGCACCAGGGCACUGCGGCAAUGAUCGAGUCCAAGCUGGAGUUUGCGGUGCAAACUCACACGAAAGACCUAGCGGCAGCUGUGGAGGCCCUGGACCUAUGCUUGCAGCGGAACCAGGGCUUGGACUUGCUGGGCUUGGCCACGAUCGAGUCCAUCGAGGCCAUCAAGAACUUCGCUCUCCACGCUGACUCACGCCAGGAGCUGGCCAAGAUGCUAGACAAGGCGGCAGCAGAGCUGAGCUCCGGCGUCGUGUCCCGGCGCGGCGCGGACUUGAUCAACCUGCUGGCCGACUGCGGAAUUCAGGAGCCCAAGUUGGAGGCGGCAAUCAAGGCGGCCUGGGUCGCUGCCUACGACGACGGCCCAGAGUGA